CAAGUCGUUCGUUUCGCAAACUCACCUCAAGUCUCUCAUUUCACCAUGAAGUUCUUCGCUGUUACUAUUCUCGCCAUGGUCUCAGGCACCUUGGCAAUGCCCGUUGCAGGUCCCAAUGGCCGAACCAUCAACUACGAAGGGUUGAAGGGCCCUACGAACACGAACCCUCAGCCUUAUAAACCUGACCGUCCUUGCUUGCCUAGUCACCAAUGCCGUGGAAAGAACUAAGAUCGCAGCACUGCAUUUCGAACCAAUGAUCCGAUGGAAACACCUGCAUCUGGACCUGCUUAGAC